AUGCAUUACGUUAAAAUAAUGUUUACUCUUUGUAUGAGUAGGACUUUGAUUGCUUUGUAGUGUGUUCUUAGAAAUCCUUGCCAGCGUCGAUUCAAGUUACAGCUCCUCGUAGUCCAAGAGAAGAAUUAGCGGAGAACGAGAUCUUUUCUUUCCCAAAAAAGAUUGUACUAUACUUUUUGUUUGUUUCGCGUGUUCCGAGAUGAUGCUGGUCGUACUUGGAGCAGUCUUGUCUUCCAUUUUCAUUCUUGAUGGAGUGAGUGCUGUCGAUCAGUGCGAGCAGGUCAUUGGUAACACGACUGCACAAAUCUGUAUAAAUGGAAACUGCUCGUUCACUUGUGGAAACGCUGGGAACCCACACGAUGUCUGUGAUCAGUUAUGUUUGCAGAUGAGUAAAGUACCCUGCCCUUUGCUGAGAUGUUCCAAUGCAAAGGAUUGCAAUCAGAGGUGUUGGUCUGGUGGAUGUAAUACRCURGAUUGCGUGAGCUCAGAAUCGUGUGAGCAAUCCUGYAGUGUUAAUUGCAGUAUGRUUGAAUGYAACUCGAAGAAAUGCAACCAGCAGUGUGAAAAGGGAGGCUGCAAGCUUUCUGCAARUGGAGUCGAUGCCGAUCAGACAUGCUCCCUCAGUCCAUGCUCAGAUAUYCAUUGCCKGUCCACUGGAACAUGCAAUCAGAAUUGCCAAGGUGGYGGUUGCAAACUACGAUGCACGAACAGCCAGACARGUGAAUGYUUGCAAGGAUGCAACAAAGGUGGUUGUUCAUUCGAGUGUUCUUCMAAGUCCUGCGAGAGUGCAUGUAGCCACGGCAAUUGCCCCAAGAUGACUUGCAAUGGGCAAAACUGCACUCAAACCUGCCAGAAGGGCUGCUCGAGCAUUACAUGUUCUUCAGAAAGAUGCAAGCAAACUUGCAAUGGCGAAGACUGCAAUUUGUCCUGUGCUAAUCGCCAAUCCGAGAGCUGCGUACAAAACUGCAAAGGCAGCUGCAGAGCCGAGUGUGUGUCUCGUGAYUGUGACACAACAUGCAGUGGAAGUGGGUGUGACCUCAGCUGUGCAAAUCCUGAAACAGAGAGCUGUGACCAGGUAUGUUCCCAUGCUAAGGGCUCUUGCAACAUYGACUGCAAAUCCAAGGCCUGUAAAAGCACCUGCGUGCAYGGAAGUUGUUCCAAGAUGAGCUGCAAUGGUACAAGUUGCUCACAGCUUUGCACAGGAGGGAACUGCACUGAGAUGUCGUGUUCUGCAAACACAUGUACCUUGACGUGCGAGGGUGGAAACUGUAAGAAGAUGAGCUGUGAUGCAAGUGUCCAGACAUGCACCAUGAAGUGCGCUGGAGGAUCCUGUGCCAUGAGAUGCGAUGCCAAGUYUUGCAAUGUAGAAGAAUGUGAAGGAUGCAUCAGAACGGGUAGUGGUAUUAGUACUCCAAAACCUAAAUCAGGGUCGUCUCCUACCUUUGCCUCUAUCCUUUUUGUAUUUACUGGCUUGAUUGGAUCRGUAUCGUCUUUCUAGGUUUACUGAUAGAGCCUGAUAAAUAGUUAACUAAGGUAAAGCAGUCGGGAUUUUAUCCAGGAUUUCCGUUUGGGGGUGGGGUCACUCUUCACUACCUUACUAUCAUCCUGCCCUUGUAUCAUGCAACCCUUUCCUCUACCACUAUACAAAACAUGUCCACAUAGCAGGGGACCACAGAAACCGGUCCCGUACCGCUAAACKUUCACCUAUCACUUCGUACCAAGUGACACAUAAGGCUUCGACACCUUCGUCAAUCUAAUCCUGCRCACACCCUAGUCAUUCAUUUAGUUAUUGCURUCUUUAGACUGUAAGACUGCAACGUUAACACUGAUAUGCUAACUUUGUUUUAAAGUACAUUUAUCAAAAUGUGAACUCACAAUAAAUUUCUUGUGGUGCGUCCCUCGAAAUAGUAAACACCUUUUUAUUGCGCA